AUGGCAAGAGAAGAAUGUGUCAUACUCGAAUCGAAAGACAACUUUCUCCUGAUUGAUCAAGUUAUUCGUAAACGCCCAUAUUACACCACUGUUCGCUUAAUCACCGCACCAUCGCUGCAAUUCACUCCGAAACCGUUUCUUCGAGAAGUUUCUACGACAACUAACUUGAUGGAACUUAUACGGCUGAAAAAGAGUGCUUACAAAUCUUACAUUGAGGCAAUACCAUUAGAUCAAGUUGAUCUUGAUCCAGCGUUUCAAAACAAAUUGCAAUUUUAUGGACCCAAAGAUGAAGUGAUCAUACAUCUUGAUCAAGCGUCGUAUCAGAAGUUACCCAAUUUGCAUCAAGAUCAGAAACAUGAUCGAUAUGGGUCCAUAUCAUCCUUUGACUACUCUCAGGUAAAAAAGCUAACCAAUGACAAGAUUGGUCAUGGCGAAAAUGACUACUCUCGAUACAGAUAUAAAAUUAAGAUCAAAUUUUCCCAACCUGAGUUUGAAUUCAUCAUCAAGACGUUAUUCAACAAUGUACAUGCUGAGUCCUACAUUUACGAUCCAGGUAUGGAGUUGCCGACACCUCAAGUACACAAGGAUACCGUAAGUAUGCCUGUGCUCUCAAAUAAUGGAUUAGAACUUGAUGAUUACACCACAGACACCCAAGAAUUGAUUACUUUGUUUACCCAUUUGGAACCACUGCAAAUCACCAAUUCCUCGCAAUAUGAGACCUUCCCUUUGACUCGAUACACUAUGAAUAAUGUAUAUUGUGAAUCUAUUACAGGUACAAAUUGGGAAAUAUUAUCGUUACAUACCAAAGAUACACAUAUGUUUAUUCAAAAGAAUGAAAAAGUUGCAAUUGUGCACGUGGAAAGGUAA